AUGGGCUUUGUCAUUCCUCUGGCGGCCCAGCCACAAGAAUGUAUCAACGAUAUCACGCCCCACAACAUGCACACCAGCGGCGUCUGUGGCGCUUCCGGAUCUUUCCUCCUGCUGGGCGGAUUCGCCGGCGUCAUGUGGGUUUUCUUGCGAGCCGUGUCUCUUCACCUACAGAUCUGCUGGCAGGCCGUCGUCGGCCGGAACUUCAUGCUCAUCUCUCAGGCCACCGGCUGGGGUUUCCCCGCCAUUGCGCUUCUCGUUGCCCUCCUCUUCAGCGGAGUUUCUUUCCGAUUUGGUGCGACUUGCCACAUCAACCACGAGAAUAGUCUGGCCACCUUUUGGAUUCCUCUGUUGGUCUUUGCCGGCCUGACGGUCAUCAUACAAUUCGCCACGUUUGGCUACUGUAUCAAAGUCUACCUAGCUUCUUUGGCCGACAACAGCGCUUCCACCGAAGGAUCAAGCCUGCCGCAGUAUGCCCCUAGUGCGCGCACCAUGACCCCGCGCCAAGCAUACCGACGUGUGCGCCGCGUCAUUGCACUACAGUGGAGAGGCAUCACGAUUGUGCUCAUCAUUAUCUGCGAUGUCAUCUUCUUCUCCGUCAUAUUUGUUUUCCAGGACGUCACGGUGCAAGCUGUACGCGAGGACAAGACCAUUGCGGAACCUUGGAUCCUCUGCCUCUUCGGUUCCAGCGGCGAUAAAAACAAGUGUCUGGAUUUGGCAAAACCUCUCGUCGUAAAUGAAGCUACCAUCACGGCAGUGCUGAUCCUUCUCGCGAUCAACGGAAUUUGGUUGCUCAUCCUCCUCGGACGAUGGUCCAUGGUCACCGGCUGGGUCGACCUCUUCAGGUCGUUCCGCGGUGACAGCAAGAAGGAAUUCGUUUCCGUGGACGCCCGGCAGGAUGCCAAGAAAGAUACUCGUGCGUACGAGAUGCUCUCUGUUGAUUCGAGCGCUGCGGUAACACCGAUUGACCCAGUCAAAACACCUGCCAGCCCACCGAGCGGCCGCAGAACGCCCGAUUACUUCGGACAGACUGCACGAUACCACGCACCUGAACGGUCGUUCUCGAGCCCACGGCCACCACGAAGCCCGCCUGCCAACGACGGCUGGGAGAUGAGGCCAACACAUGUGCGUCCUGAAAGGCGGCACAGCCCCGAGGGAUUCGAGGACAUGAACCCGCUGGGGAUGAACAGAAUCUGA